CCGCCCCUGCCGGGCCCGUGUCCCGUUGGGGCUCCGUGUCUCCUCCCGCCGCCCAGGGGAGGAGCGGAGCGGGCCGAGGUGGCCGCGCUGUCCCGCCCCGCCCCGGCAGGUGAGGCGCGGGCGGUCGGCAGGUGCGGCCCCGCUCGGCUCCGUUCCCGCUCCCGCUCCCGUUCCCGUUCCCGCUGCCGCGACCCGGCCAUGGCGUACCGGGAGCUGGUGCGGCGCUGGCACGAGGCCGUGCGGGCGGCGGACCGCGGGCACUGGGACGCUGCCCUGGACGCCUUCGGCGGCAUCGCGGAGCCUCCGGCCAGGAUCUGCUUCAACGUGGGCUGCGUGCAGCUGCUGGCCGGGCGGCCCGAGGCGGCCCUGAGGGCAUUCAAUAAAACCCUUGAGAAGGACAAUUCCCUGGCUGUGGGCUACUUCCAGAGAGGGUUUGUCCACCUGCAGCUGGAAAUGUAUGAAGAAGCUCUCUCUGACUAUCACAUGGCCUUCAGUCACCUAAGAGAAAAUCCCUUCAUUGAUUACAAGCAGCUGGGGCUGAGGCACAUCCUCUAUGCCUGGGAGGUGCUGUACAGCACUGCAGCAGUGCAGUGCCACCUGCAGCAGUGGCAGGAGGCCAGAGUCACCCUGGAGAAGGCUGUUGUGUGGAGACCUGAAAGAAGAACAGCAAUCCUGGAGCUGGCCCUGGAGCGGGUGCAGGACCACCUGUUUUUAGAGCCCAUGCUGGUUCCUCUUGGCGAACUUUUCAGACCACGAAAGAAGGAAGUUGAGCAGCUGGAUUCAAAAGAUUUCCUGGGUAAACCCAAGGUCAUCUCAUCCAUCAUUCCCAAUGAUGAGUACAUUGGCUUCGAGCCUCUCAGGCCUCAGAAACAGGGCUUUUAUGAACCCAGUGCCGAUGCUCUGCGGGAUGCCGAGUCCGGCUACCACCGAGUGCUGUCCCGGUACCGCCCCGAGGAACCGUCGGGGCCCGAGGUGGCAGCCGGGAGCCUGGUGUUUGUGCUGGGCAGAGCAGCGGACGGCUGGGCCACGGCCAUCCACGACGGGCAGAAGCUGCACAUCCCGAGCUCUCUCCUGGAGCCUGCCUCAAGGAUGGAUAAAUGGAAGAUCAGCACUGGGAUUCCCCUUCCUCCUGCCCAGGUGCCUCCCAGCCGCCUCCCCAUGAAGCAGAAGCCAGAUCCUCCUGGGGAAGAAAAUGCCUCUGUCAAUGAUGCCAAUGCCCACAUGGACUCCAAGGUGCCCCCGAGGCGCGGGGAGGCCUCCGCGGGCACAGACAGGCCGGCGGUGCUGCGGCUGCGCUGCGAGUGCUCGCUGCUGCUGCAGGCGGGCGAGGCCCCGGCCCUGCCCGCCCUGCGGGCCCUGCUGCGGGACAGGCUGGCUCAGCAGGCACAGCGGGGCACGCUCAGCUACAGGCUCCUGGAUGGCACAGAGCUGGGGACUGUGUUGGGACAGGAGGACCUGGGGAAGGUGUGGCAGCAGCUGACUGAGGGCAAGCUGACACUCUGUUGUCAGGUACGUGGGCUGGGACAAGGUCUCUGCUGGGCCCCAGUCUCUGCUUUGCUUUGCAACCUCUAUGCUGGCUUUUUCCUGCAGGACUCAGACUCCCACUCAGGCAGACCUGUCCUGUACCAGAUGCUGGCUCAGCACUCUUACCUGGCACAGGGACCAGGGGACCUGGAGUUCAGCAAGGGAGAUGUGCUGGAUAUCCUUUCUGAAGUGAACGAGGACUGGCUGGAAGGACGUUGCAAUGGCAAGACUGGCAUCUUUCCCAAAUGCUUUGCCACCCAGACCAGCUGUGGUGCAGCCUUCCUAUAGCAAACAGGAGCCUUUUCCUGCCUGACUGCACCCCCAGGGGUGGGAGACACUCAUCCCAGCUCAUUUGGGCCCCAGCCAGCACAGCCAGGAGCUCUGCUGUACCUGGACAGGGGGUAUCUGCCACUCAGAUCCAUGGGGUCAGUUCCAGCAGUGAUGGCAUUUCCCACAGCCUGUUCCCUGACCUGGCAUUUUUACCUUGUGCUUGCACUGCUGAAGAUGUGUCUGUGAAGAGCAGAGAGCAGGGAGAGGGCUCUGGGGUUUGGCUGUGGGAAUUGUCCACGUAGCAGCUCAGGCUGCUGGGUGGGAAGAGGUUCCCCUGGGUGGGAAGAGGUUCCCCUGGCUGGAAGUCCUCAUCCCCUCUCCCUUGUAGCUCAUGUUGAGGCUGGGAAGGCUGAGCCUCACUCCCAAAGCUAAGGGUGGCUGGCUGGGAGCAGGGUCUGAGCCCUGUUCCCCAGGCUCUCAGGUCACAUAACCUUAUCUUCACCAGCCAGAGAUGCUGCUCUUUCAAAAGGCUUUUGGAACCAGUUUGCAGUGGGAUUUAUGGGAAAACACCAUGAGUUAGGACCACUGUUUUCCAUAGCGAAUAGCUAUGGACCUGACCAUUCCUUCACCAGGUGCCUUGGGCACUUUUCUUAAGCCCUAAGGCCAGGGUGGGAUCUUGGAGCACAGAGAAUAGGCAGUGGUGGAAAUCCCCACUGCUCAGAGCAGCUCUGGGUUGUGGGAGAACCCUGGGGAAAGGGCUGGCUGGGAAGUGCAGUGCUGGGCUUUUGUUGCAAAGGCUGAAAGCCCUGUCCAAUUCCUGCAACUGGGCUGGGCUGAUCUAAAUAAAACACUCAAGUGCCUGGAGCUGAAACCUGUUCUGGAUUUGGUGUCGUGACAAAACUUGGCUAUGUAACUUGAAUAUAAAAUAAACCCUGAGCCAGAGUUGGCAACU